GACCUGCCCUCCCGUCGCCAUUUUUCGGUCUCGUACUCGUACUUCUGGUGGCUCAGGUGAGGGGGGGGUACGAGCAGAAAUAAAGGGAAAGUAUAAAAUACAGAACCGUUAAGCCGGCAUCCCUCGUGAGCGGUUCGGAGUACACGCGAGAGCUUCCAGCAUAACGGCCCGGCACCUGAGAUGACCGUGCGGGAGGCGAGCCGCUGCUGUGAAACCUUUUUUUUGUCUGAAGACGUGUUGCGGGCCGCCAUUUUUUUGUGUGCCGUGCUGCCUCAAAAGUCUUGCUCCGACUCGAGAAAGGGGAUUUAUAAACGCAUUUCCAUGACGUGUACCUCACUGUAAGAUCCGUAAUCAUUUCGUUUCCGACCCCGUGUUCGCCGGCGACUUUUUGCACGACAUGAGGAUCAGAUGAAAAACUGAGGGGCACCGUUUCCGUUCUCGUAACUGACACUGACUGGAGGAUAUACAAUUAUUCGAAGAGAAGCCUGGUGUUUCUCGGAAGGCGGAACGAAAAAGGGAAGCUUCAUUGGUCAUUUGUUGCUUUUGCUCUCCGUCGAUGUUUGUCGUGUAAGUUCUUAGUUUUUAGUAUUUCGGCUGCUUGAACAAUCCCUCAACCGUUGACUGCUGAACACAGCAACCACAUUAUGCUCCAAAGUUGGAUCCAGCCAGUCGCAGCCUGUCUCUGAACACGUCAGGUUGUUUUCUGUUGUGUUAUUUUUAAUCGUAGCCUGCAGCAUUUAGCAGAACUCACUCGCGAACCUCACAACAGGGCUACGGAAGCCCCGCGUCUUCUAAACCCUCCAAUUAACUUAUUGUCUGUGAUGUUUUCUUCUUAUUUUUAGACUGAUUAGUAACUUAUUUUUGAAAUGUCAGCCGCUCGGUUUGAUUCGUCGGAUCGGUCCGCCUGGUAUUUUGGACCCGUGUCGCGACAGGAGGCACAGAACCGGUUACAAGGACAGAGACACGGCAUGUUUCUGGUGCGAGACUCGUCCACCUGCCCCGGUGACUACGUGCUGUCGGUGUCCGAGAACUCCAAAGUGUCUCACUAUAUCAUCAACUCUUUGCCCAGCAAGAGGUUUAAGAUAGGCGACCAAGAAUUUGAGCACCUACCCGCUCUCCUGGAGUUCUACAAGAUCCACUACCUGGACACGACCACGCUCAUAGAGCCAGCACCCAGGUACCCAAGCACAGUGAGUGGUCCUAUCCAGCCCAUUGGAGGCCCCGACGAGAACCUGGAGUAUGUGCGGACUCUGUACGACUUCACUGGCAGCGAUGCGGAGGACCUUCCCUUCAAGAAGGGGGAGAUCCUCAUCAUCCUGGAGAAGCCAGAGGAGCAGUGGUGGAGCGCCAAGAGCAAAGAGGGCCGCGUCGGGAUGAUCCCCGUGCCCUAUGUGGAGAAAUUGGUACGACCGUCACCUCUCCCCGGCCAGCCGUCCCAUGGAUCCCGCAACUCCAACAGCUAUGGGAUCCCAGAGCCCUACGCCCAGCCACAGACGCCAUCGCCACUGCCCCCCGGAACGCCCGGAGCAGUUAUCAACCCUCUACCGUCCGUGCAGAACGGCCCCGUCAUGGCGAAGGCCAUCCAGAAACGAGUGCCGUGCGCCUAUGACAAAACAGCUCUCGCUUUAGAGGUUGGCGACAUGGUCAAAGUCACGCGGAUGAACAUCAGCGGUCAGUGGGAGGGGGAGGUGAACGGACGCCGGGGCCUCUUCCCCUUCACCCACGUCAAAAUCAUAGACCCCCAGAACCCGGACGAGAGUGACUGACCCGGGAGCCGGACCGGACCGCCUCGUCAGUAUUUCCUGUAGCUGAAUCUGCUGGCUGGGUCCACCUUUUCCCGCCCAGCGUCACCACGGUUAUGUGCUUGCCAUGCUUGGGGAGGAGGGGGGGUGGGGGGGUUGUACCAUGAUGGUGACCCCCUCCCCCUCCCCCUCUGUUUUUGCCAGCCGUUGCAAGGCUUUCUGACUGUUUACAGCUUUGGACAUCGGUUCCAAACUUAAAAACCUGACCCCCCUCUUCUCCCCGUUCCCCUUCCCAUGACUCGGCUCCAGACGGGGCAGUGUUUGUUUGUUUGUUUUGCAUUAGUGUCCUUUUCAU